GGACACUGCGUGCGUAAAUAUGUCAUACAUCAUACUAAGAUUAUUUAAGUGCGCGAAAGCUCCACAUACCCCUUGGAGAUCCCAGCGACCCAGUCUGCAGUUUAUUGGGUGUCGGUGAGAGACACGGCUACUGGCCACAUUUUCGUGGAUUUAGAGCUCAACGAGAUCUCUGGCUGUUGAAUUAUGUGUGAUUUCGUGGUGAAAAACCAGAGGACGGUAGAUUUCCAGGAAUACGGUUGGGAACCACUGCUGUAUGGCAUGUAGUUAAUGAUAUUAGCGAUUACCCAUGUUUACAUGAAUGUGUUGCGCUCCCCAAUUGUCUUGGAGUCGCGUAAGCUUUUACAUGUAUUCUUGGAAUUAAUUUGGGUGUCCAGACACUCAUCAAAUCAUUGCCUGAUUGUGACGUUUAUUUCGAUUUUGGAUUUGUAUGCGUUCAGCAAACGCUCCUAUCCACUGCGCAUAAUCUCAAUCAAUUUAUUCAGCUGGACAUUUUACUGAAUUCAGGUCGAGUAGCGUGGAGACUAACAGGGGGCAUGUUGAAAAAUAAGGCACAUGACUGGGACCCGCAAGGUUGGUGGUUCAGUCCCCAGUCAUAAUAUAGUAAUAAGAUCGAGCCGUUAGGCCCUUAACCCUGCAUUGCUUCAGUGCCCUCCAUGUGGACAGUCCUCCCAGUGUGCCCGAGGUCACCACCAGCUAUGUCCACGGCACUUCUUCCAGAUCUUUGCUGUCCCAAACCAUUGGCCAAACCCUGCAGAACACUGCAGAGCGCUGGCCUGACCAUGAGGCUGUGGUCUUCCUACAGGACGGCAUCCGCAAGACGUUCGCACAGUUCCAACAGGAUGUGGACCAGGCGGCUGCUGGGCUCCUUGCUCUGGGGCUAAAGAGGGGGGACCGGCUCGGGAUGUGGGGGCCGAACAUCUACGAGUGGAUCCUGGUCCAAUUCGCCACAGCCAAGGCCGGCAUCCUACUGGUGUCUGUGAACCCAGCCUAUCAGCUUCAGGAGCUGGAGUUUGCCCUGAGGAAGGUGCAGUGCAAAGCGAUCGUGUGUCCCACAAAGUUUAAGACCCAGAACUACUGUGACAUGCUGAGGCAGCUCUGCCCUGAGGUAGAGACAGCCACGCCUGGAGGCCUCAAGAGUGCCAGGCUGCCAGACCUGCGCAUGGUGAUUGUGACAGACAGCCGGCAAACUGGAAUGUUCCACAUGGACGAUGUGAUGCAGGCGGCAGACAGCCACCAUCGGCAGGAACUGGAUAGUCUGCAGAAGAAACUAUCCUUCGAUGACCCCAUUAACAUCCUGUUCACAUCGGGCACCACAGGGAGUCCAAAAGGUACUACUCUUUCCCACCACAACCUCGUCAAUAAUGCCUACUUCAUAGGGAUGCGUAUCGGCUAUGCCUGGAGGCCACAGGUGCGUGCUUGUGUACCCGUACCCCUGUAUCACUGCUUCGGCUCGGUGGUAGGAGCACUAAACAUGGCCCAGCAUGGCAUCACCCUCGUUUUCCCCUCAACUGCUUAUGACGGCCGAGCCAACCUGGAGGCCAUCCAGAAAGAGAGGUGCACCAUUUUCUAUGGCACGCCCACCAUGUACAUCGACAUGCUGGGGCAACCAGAACUGAACAAGUAUGACCUGUCCUCUCUAGAAGCAGGAUUAAUAGGUGGCUCUCCCUGUCUACCUGAGGUCAUGAAAAAGGUCAUGACUACCAUGAAUAUGAAGGAGGUGGUGAUCGGGUACGGCACCACAGAGAACAGCCCUCUCACAUUUUUGGGGUACCCACUGGACAACCUGGAGAAAAAGACAAAGACUGUAGGUUGUAUCAUGAACCAUACUGAGGCGAAGGUGGUGGACCCCAGUACUGGGCAGAUUGUGCCCCUGGGGACAUCAGGAGAGCUGAUGAUCCGGGGAUAUUGUGUGAUGCAGGAGUAUUGGAACGAUCCUGACAAAACACUGGAGUGCAUCUCCAAGGACCGCUGGUACAAGACCGGUGACAUCGCAAGGCUAGACAAGUAUGGAUACUGCCGAAUCGAGGGCAGGAUCAAAGACAUGAUCAUCCGAGGAGGAGAAAACAUGUAUCCUGCUGAAAUCGAGCAGUUCCUUCACACCUACCCCAAAGUGCAUGAUGUGCAGAUGGUUGGGGUGCGGGAUGAGAGGAUGGGGGAGGAGUUAUGCGCCUGCAUUAAGCUGAAGGAGGGACAGGACUGCACUGCUGAGGAAAUCAAAGCCUACUGCAAGGGCCAGAUCGCUCAUUUCAAAAUCCCACGCUAUGUUACAUUUGUGCAGGACUACCCGCUCACUAUCAGUGGAAAGGUCCAGAAGCACAAGCUGCGUGCAGAGAUGGAGAAGAGCCUGGGAGUAUGAUGGGCCAGUUUGAGUGUGUGGCUGUGUCUCAAGCAGAAGGCACCAUUUUCAGUAUUUUCACAAUUUUACACACUUGUCCUUCGUAGGCGUGUCCCAAACUGAAAUCAUCAAAAAAAAAUCCUUCUUAGGUGCCUUAUUCUGGUUAUAUUUGAAGGCAGCAUCGAUGAGUAUUCUUCAAGAAAUUGGAUGUCCCAUAGGUCUUUGCCAUAAGCUCAGGUUUCUUACUUCAGUUAAACAUGUUUCACAAUUAUUAGCACCUCUGAUUUUAUACUUUGUGCAACCUACACCUGGCAAAGAUGACAGUUAUGAGUCUUUUCUUUUUCUGUAAUUUGAGAUAAGUUAUAGAAUACAUUUGGAGGGAUUUGACCAUUCCUCCAUGCAGAACCUUUCAUUGGGCCUCAUGCAAAAAUAUGUUUGUAUUAUCAUAUAUUUCUCUUACUUUUUUUCCAUACGGGCAGCUCAUACCAGUGUGCCACAUCAGAUUGAACACAGACACUCUCGUAACUUCAGACAACUGUCCAAAAUGCUGAUGAAAACGAUGCCUACAUCUUCGUAAAUGAGCCUUUUACAUGCCAUAUAAGGUGUCCCAUUUGUCUGGAUGUCAUUCAUAAAAAUGGCAUCUCAGAAUAAGAAUUAAAAGAUUAAAAAGGUAAGGAAGGCGUUCAGCUGGUGUUGUGUUGGCUGGCGCCUUCCUCAAAGGUUUUGGUUUUUCUUUUUUCUUUCUUUGGACUCGUGUGAGUCAGUGGUUGGGGGACGUUGUCCCCUGGUAAGUAUUUUGGUUUGCGUUUUUGGUCCCAAGCUGCGUCUCGAGGUUUUAUUUUCGUGCCUAGCCUUUGUUCCCAGCUAGGUUGUAUUUUAUUUUGGUCCACAGUCGUUUGGGGCACCUAAGUCAGUGGUGCGGUUCGCCCUGUUUUAAAAGGGUUGAUUUGUUUUCUUAUAGCCGUUUUUUGGCUUUUCUCUUUCCUUCUAUUGUUCAGUUACUAUUGUGUAUAUCCCAUUCCCGUUGUUCCCUGGGGUCUAGUGACGAAAACGUUCGCGUGUUCAUUUUAGAGGGUUUUAUCCUUGGUCGCUUCUGGCUCUCCGCCCAGCCCCAACCUAACAGUAAGUGUGCCAAAACACACCACAUUGUGCCCUGAAUUAAAAGUGCCCCCCUAAGAUCUGCGACUGACCCACAUGCAGACAUAAAGCAAACCUUUCUUGAUCAUGGCAUAGUUUUCAUUGUAUUUCAUUGUAUAUGGAUACAACUUUCAGGUCACACCUUUUCCCGUUUCUUGCAUUUCUCUGUCUUUCAGGGCUUUAAGGCAUAUUAAAUUCAUUAAUUCAUUCUUUCAUUAUCCUAACCUGCUUAUCCUGAACAUGGUCGUAGGGGGGCUGGAGCCUAUCCCAGCAUACAUUGUGUGAAACAGUAUGCAGGGCAUACAAACCAUUCACUCACACACUCAUACCUAUGGGCAAUUUAGACUCCAAUCAGCCUAACCUGCAUGUCUUUGGACUGUGGGAGGAAACCGGAGUACCCAGAGGAAACCCACGCAAACACAGGGAGAACAUGCAAACUCCACACAAGCCGAUGGGGAUUCAAACCCAGGACCUUCUUGCUGUGAGGCGGCAGUGCUACCCACUGCACCAUCCGUGCCGCCUCACAUUAAAUGAUUGGUGAGAUUUUCUCAAGUAUACAUUGUAUUAUGUAUAUAUGUCUAUUGUGUGUUUUAAUAGAGACAGUUUCAGAGGAAUAGGUAAUCCAAGAUUAAAAUUUAAUCAAAAAAGUGGGAUCAAUCAAUCAAAUUAAAUCAAUCACAUUUAAUUUGUAUAGCACUUUUCAAACAAUUGCUGCUCAAAAGAUGAGAGAAAAAAUGUAAGCAAUGACAACAAAAGGAAAUAUAAAGGAAAUAAAUAAUAAAAAGCAAUUGCACAGUAUCCCAAAAUUUUACCUAGGAGUCAUGAAUACCAAUAAUAAUACCUAUGGGACGAGAUCAACAACAAUAACAUUCUAAAAAUGAAACGAGUAAAUCAUUAUAUAUAAACGUAGACUAAGAAAUUACUUUAGACUUGGAAAUUACAAUUUAUAAUAAAAACAUAACAAUUCAAAUAAGAAACAGACCAGCUUGUGUGAUUAAGUAAAAGGUAUGUUUUUCAACAGAUGCUGCUUCUCUUGCAUCCUUUGGAAGAUUAUUCCUGAGUUUUGCUCCAUGGUGGCUAAAUGCUGCCAAAUUCCAUCCAUCACAACCAUACAUUUGCACACUGCUGCUGCUGCUGUGGUGAUUAUCUUUGCUGCUGUAGCUGGAUUUGCAGCAGCUGCAACUGUUACUCCUGCAGCCACAGCCCCAACUGCAAACACUAUAAAUUUUCCUUUGUUGCUUCCCAUUCUUCAGCUGUCUUCCUCCUCUCCUCCUCCUCUUUCAUCUUUCUCUCAGCCUCCUUGUACAUCUCAUUGGUGUAGUGUUUUCCUCUGUUCUUCAUCACCAUCUUCUCUAUUUUCUGCAGCAGCUCGGGAACCUGAGUGAGAUUCUGUUCAUCUUCAUUGUUGAAAGCAUGAUAUCUGCCGCCACAGUAAUCAAUGAGGUCCUGAAUUUCCUUGGAUGGGCUCAGAAACUCAUCCAGUGAUUUCUUCAUUAUCUGAUCAGCACCAGUGAACAGCACCAAUGUGUACCGUGAGGUGUCUUCCCCGAAGUGCUUCUGGAUCCACCGCACAGCAGACUUCUCGUCUUGUGUGAAUCUGCCCAACCUGACCACCAGCAGAAACGCAUGGGGUCCUGGGACUGAGCGAAGAAUACACUUAUCAAAUUCAUCUUUAACUUUCACUUCAUCCAUGGAUGUGCUGAAAAGCCCUGGGGUGUCAAUCACAGAAACUUUUCUUCCAUCAAUCUCUGCACUCUGACAUGUUGAAGCCAUGGUUACAGGAUUAGGGGACGCAUCCUCUUCACUUUAUUAUAAACACUACGACUGGGUAGGGCCUCCCCCCUGCUCUCAAAACAAUUAUUCAUGGCAUGGAUUCCACAAGAUGUUGAAACCAUUCCUUUCAGAUUCUGUUCCAUGUUGACAUGAUUGUAUCAGCAUUUGUCAGCUGCUUUGUGACAUGGUGCAUUAUCCUGCUAGAAGUAGCCAUCAGAAGAUGGGUACAUUGUGGUCAUGAAGGGAUGCACAUGGUCAGCAACUGUGGGGUCUUUUGUGACCUCUUGGAUGAGUCGUCGCUGCGCUCUUGGGGUAAUUUUGGUCGGCCGGCCACUCCUGGGAAGGUUCACCACUGUUCCAUGUUUUCACCAUUUGUGGAUAAUGGCUCUCACUGUGGUUCGCUGGAGUCCCAAAGCUUUAGAAAUGGCUUUAUAACCUUUUCCAGACUGAUAGAUCUCAAUGACUUUCUUUCUCAUUCGUUCCUGAAUUUCUUUAGAUCUCGGCAUGAUGUCUAGCUUUUGAGGAUCAUUUGGUCAACUUCACUUUGUCAGGCAGGUCCUAUUUAAGUGAUUUCUUGAUUGAUAACAGGUGUGGCAGUAAUCAGGCCUGGGUGUGGCUAGAGAAAUUGAACUCAGGUUUGAUAGACCACAGUUAAGUUAUGUUUUAACAGGGGGGGCAAUCACUUUUUCACACAGGGCCAUGUAGGUUUGGAAUUUUUUUUCUCCCUUAAUAAUAAAAACCUUCAUUUAAAAACUG